AUGAGAGAAGUUGUCAGUAUCAAUGUGGGUCAAGCAGGUUGUCAAAUAGGUAAUGCUUGUUGGGAAUUAUAUUCUUUGGAACAUGGUAUCAUGCCAGAUGGUUAUUUACAAGAGGGUUUGACUAAGCCAAAGGGAGGCGAAGAAGGGUUUUCUACUUUCUUUUACGAGACAGGUGCUGGUAAAUUCGUUCCUCGUGCUGUGUACGUCGAUUUGGAACCAAAUGUUAUUGAUGAAGUGCGUACUGGUGCUUACAAAGAUUUUUUCCAUCCUGAACAAUUGAUUAAUGGUAAAGAAGAUGCAGCUAAUAACUAUGCAAGAGGUCAUUACACUGUCGGUAGGGAAUUAUUGGAUGAAAUUUUAGAUAGGGUUAGAAAGAUCUCUGAUCAAUGUGAUGGUUUACAAGGUUUUCUUUUUACACAUUCUUUAGGUGGUGGUACAGGUUCCGGUUUAGGUUCUUUGAUUUUGGAACAUUUAUCAAUGGAUUAUGGUAAAAAAUCUAAAUUAGAAUUCGCUGUUUAUCCUUCUCCACAAACUUCAACAUCUGUUGUUGAACCAUAUAACACAGUGUUGACAACGCAUACUACUUUGGAACACGCUGACUGUACCUUCAUGGUUGAUAAUGAUGCCAUUUACGAUAUGUGUAAGAAACAUUUAGAUAUCCCAAGACCAACUUUUUCAAACUUAAACAAUCUAAUAGCACAAGUUGUCUCAUCUGUUACAGCUUCAUUGAGAUUCGAUGGUUCAUUGAAUGUUGAUUUAAAUGAAUUCCAAACAAAUUUAGUUCCAUACCCAAGAAUUCAUUUCCCAUUAGUAUCAUACGCCCCAAUUUCAUCUAAGAGCAAAGCAACCCACGAAUCAAAUACAGUCGCUGAAAUUACAAAUGCUUGUUUCGAAUCUAGUAAUCAAAUGGUUAAAUGUGAACCAAAGAAUGGCAAGUACAUGGCUAAUUGUCUGUUGUACAGAGGUGAUGUCGUUACAAAAGAUGUUCAAAGUGCAGUCGCCACCAUUAAGAAUAAGAAGACAGUACAAAUGGUUGAUUGGUGUCCAACAGGUUUCAAAAUUGGUAUUUGUUAUGAACCACCAACCUCUACCCCAUCAUCACAACUAGCAUCUAUUGACAGAGCAGUAUGCAUGUUGUCCAACACUACUGCUAUUGCUGAAGCAUGGAAAAGAAUUGAUCAUAAAUUCGAUCUUAUGUACUCUAAACGUGCUUUUGUACAUUGGUACGUUGGUGAAGGUAUGGAGGAAGGUGAAUUUACUGAAGCUAGAGAAGACCUGGCUGCUUUGGAGAGAGAUUACAUCGAAGUAGGUGCUGACUCCUUUGAAGAAGAUGAAGAAUUCUAA